CCAUGAAAAGAUCGAUGGCAUCGAAAGUCUCAGAAGCAUUGCAUGACCUUUCUACCGAACCUACUCAUCCAUCGGCCUCAUUCUUCUCUCAGAGGCUUAGACUUCAUCCAUACGCCCGAAAACCCAGCACUCUUUUUAGACCCCAAAACCAAAAACCACCCACGCAUAUACACAAAACACACACACACACACCCUCAAAUGGAUCACCCAAAACACUCCUCUCUCAGAUCCAAUCUUGCCUUCCUCGCUUUAUUCUUGGCUUGCGUUGUUUAUGUUUGCAUAUGGUCGUCUUCUUCCUCUCUAAUAAACCCUCUCUUUCCCUUUCAGAAACGUGGCGUCGACUGUGCGUCGCAAACAACCACAACCGCCGCCACCACGGAAUUUAAUGUGGUGGAAGACGAGCUUGAGACCGUCUUGGGCAAGGCCUCGAUGGAUAACAAGACCGUGAUCAUUGCCGUUAUCAACAAGGCAUAUGCAGUCCAAGAUGUGAAGGCAGACACCACCAUGCUUGACCUUUUUAUUGAGAGCUUUUGGCAAGGGGAGGGCACGAUGACGUUGGUCGACCACCUCGUCCUCGUGGCGGUUGAUCAAACCGCCUACGACCGGUGCAUGUUUCUGCGGCUGAAUUGCUACCGGUUGGAGACGGAGGGUGUGGAUUUUGGGGGAGAGAAGCUUUUCAUGUCUGAAGAUUUUAUCAAGAUGAUGUGGAGGAGAACUUGGUUACUGUUGGAGGUCCUCAAGCGUGGCUACAGCUUCGUGUUUACGGAUACCGAUGUUGUGUGGCUAAGGGACCCCUUCAAAAAACUAAGCAAGAACGAAACAGAAGAUUUACAAAUGAGUACAGAUAUGUUCUUCGGGGAUCCUUGGAACGCAAGUCAGUUGAUCAACACUGGCUUCUACUACGUCAGAUCCAAUAGCAAGACCAUAGCACUGUUUGAUAGAUGGUACACCUCCAAGGACAAUGCCACAGGACUGAAAGAGCAGGAUGUCCUAUUGAACUUAUUCCGAGGGGGUAUUACCGGGGAGUUGGGACUUAGGGUAAGGUUCUUAGACACCCUCUAUUUCAGUGGUUUUUGCCAAAACAGCAGGGACUUCGGGCAAGUGAGCACGGUCCACGCCAAUUGUUGCCGGAGUAUUGUCGCCAAAGUUAAGGACUUGAAAGCCGUCCUCCGGGAUUGGAAACGGUUCAAGAGGUUCAUGUCCCACAAGAGGAGUUCUGGUACUAGUACGACGAGUUUCCAAUGGACUGGGCACUUUGGAUGUUGGAAUUCCUGGGCUGUUCCCAAUUAACUCUGGUAAUGCAACUCAUAAGACAUGAAUUUUUCUUUUUUUUUUUUUUUUUUUUUUUUAAAGAAGACGUUAGUAAAGAAGGAGAAGGGUAAAUCAUACGAGAAGGAAAUAGUUUUCUAUCUUAUUUUUAGAAAGUUCAGGUGAAGGAAGGGAAUAAUUGAACAGUGUCGUUUAAAAUUUGAGGAUAAAUGCUCUACCAAUAGAGUUAUAUAUGCCCCCACAAAGUAGUUCGAUAAAUUCAAAUUUAUGUCUCCUUAUUUUUUUUUUUUCUUUCAAGAUUAUCAAAAUAAAUCUGUAUGCGAUUCAAAGGUAUGUUUCAAAAAAUGUAAGUAGCAUAAAGGAUUUAGAAUGUCUUAAUAUGGGUUUUCUUAGCAUAUCGUGUAAUUUUUAUUAAUUGGUUUGAACUCAAAUGGCGCACAUUUAUCAA